CCGACCCGACACUGUUUGUUGUCAGGUCACACCCGUGUCCUUGCGAUCACCCUGACCGCAAGGCUACAGAAAACUGGAGAGCUUGUUAUCCCAGGAUACAACCAUGGGAUCCUUUGGAGACACAGGAAGGGCAGAGCAGGAGGAGGGCUAUGGGUGCAGCUGCAUCCCUCUGCCUUCUUUCCUCCAGCGCCUCCGCACCCGAGAGCCGAGGCCCCGAGCAGGCAGCCAGGAAGGGCAGGAGCAGCUAUUUGACAGCGGAGACUAGAGGACCUUGCAGGCUCAAUGGAGGCAGCAGCUGCAGCUGCAGGUCAUGCAGAAAAAUGUAGAUGCUCUUCUGGAGGAUUUUGGGAACAUACAUACAUUUUUCGCAACAUACAGGACCUUUGCCUCUCCUGGUGAGGUCCUAGAAAUGCUCCUCAGCAGGCAUGGAAAGCUGGAGACCUUGAGCUGCAGAGGAGAUGAAAGUCCAGAUUUCUCAGCGGACUCCAGGGCAGUCCUCAGGAAUCCAAUCAUCUUCUUCUUGAAAACUUGGCUGCACUUCAGCCCUGAAGAUUUCAAAGAGCCGCCGAAGUACCACACACUGCAGAAAGUAAUAGCACACCUGAACAAGAACGUCCCUGGCUGUGACAUGGAAAUGGAGGCCAAACACCUCCUCCACCAGUUUCAAAACGAAGCAGAAAAUGAGAGCCAGCCUGGGGACCAUCCUGCGGACCAGCCAGGAGACCAGCCCAAGGGCCAGCCCGGGGAACUGCCUGAGGUCCAGCCCGGGAAGCAGCCCAAAGGCCAGCCCGGGGAGCAGCCGGAGGACCAACCUGGGGACCAUCCCAAGGGCCAGCCAGGGGCCCUGCCCGAGGACCAGCCCAGGGACCUGCCCGAGGUCCAGCCUGGGGAGCAGCCUGAGGGCCAGGCGGAGGACCAACCUGGGGACCAGCCCGAGGGCCAGCCCAGGGACCAGCCCGAGGCCCAUCUGGCGGACCGACCUUGGGACCUGCCUGAAGUCCAACCCAAGGGCCAGCCUGGAGAGCAGCCCGAGGGCCAGCCUGGGGACCUGCCCGAGGUCCAGCCCAGGGUGCAGCCCGAGGGCCAGCCCGGGGAGCAGCAGGAGGAACAACCUGGGGACCAGCCCAAGGGCCAGCUAGGGGACCUGCACGAGGUCCAGCCCGGGGUGCAGCCCGAGGGCCAGCCGGAGGACCAACCUGGGGACCAGCCUGAGGGCCAGCCCAGGGACCAGCCUGAGGACCAUUUGGGGGACCGACCUUGGGAUCUGCCCGAGAGCCAACCUGGGGACCUGCCCAGAGUCCAGCCCAAGGGCCAGCCCAGGGACCUGCCCGGGGACCAGCCCAGGAACCUGCCUCAGGAAAAGGUAUGGUCUAGAACCUUUUGUUCAAAGUAUUCAAUAUGA